ACAAUCAUGACCAAGUCACACUGAGCCUCUCAUCUGCAGCCUGAAAUUGUUCAGUCGUGAGUGUGUAAAUUGAACUUCUGUAUCUGACAUCCCCCCUGUCCUAACCUGUACCUGCCUUUUUCUCCUCUGACAGUGCCCCAUGCCCAGAGGCAGCAGAUGUCCAACGGCAGCUCCAUCACCCACUUCCUCCUCCUGCCAUUCACAGCCACACGGGAGCUGCAGCUCUGCCACUUCUGGCUCUUCCUGGGCAUCUUCCUGGCUGCAGUCGUGGGCAACAGCCUCAUCAUCACCAGCACAGCCUGCGACCAGCACCUCCACACCCCCAUGUACUUCUUCCUCCUCAACCUCUCCCUGCUGGACCUGGGCUGCAUCUCUACCACUGUCCCCAAAUCCAUGGCCAUUUCCCACACAGGUUGUGCUGCACAGGUCUUUUUCUUUGUCUUCUUCUUUUCAUCAGAGUAUUUUCUCCCCAAUGUCAUGUCCUACGACUGCUAUGUGGCCAUCUGCAAGCCCCUGCACUACGGGACCCUCCUGGGCAGCAGAGCUUGUGUCCACAUGGCAGCAGCUGCCUGGGGCACUGGGUUUCUCAAUGCUCUAGUGAACACAGCCAAUGCGUUUUCACUACCCCUCUGCCAAGGCAAUGCUGUGGAGCAGUUCUUCUGUGAAAUCCCCCAGAUCCUCAAGCUCUCCUGCUCACAUUCCUACCUCAGGGAAGUUGGGCUUCUUGUGGUUGCUGCUCUGAUUGCUAUUGGCUGUUUUGUUUUCAUUGUGGGGUCCUAUGCGCAGGUCUUC